CGCGACCAUUUCGUCGUCGUCGUGGCUACAAGAAGGAACGACAAUUCACCGGAUGAAAUAAUACGGAACCUUCCCCGUGAUAUAACUCAGCCGCACGGCUGGCAGAUCCCGUUCCUGUGAAAUGGAAAGAGUCGUGUUGAAGCAUGACAGAGCCGAACGCUAUCUCCAUGGUUAUGGUGUCAGACAACUCCGAGCAGGCGGCCCAGACUGAGCGGUUCCUUGUGGGCCCCGCCGAGCAGCCAGAAAACAAUAGAUGCUGGAGAAGGCUGACUCCCACAUAUAAGUGUAAAAGAGAUAUCUGCAAUAAAAUCAUCUGCUGGAAGUGUAAAAUGUGGAUGUUGAUUGUUUCUGUUGCAACAUUAAUUGCUGCUAUUAUCAUCAUUGUAAUUUUAAGCAUAAGAGCCACUCCACUCGAUGAUGAGUUCAUUGAUCCAAAGCUCAAAACUCAUGGAAUUCCCCGAUAUUAUAUUGGAAGUAUGAAAAUAUCCAAAUAUUCAUUUACACCUGAACUAAUGAUGCCCCAAUCUAAAAACUUCACCUCCUUGUCAAACACAUUAAAGAUUAUGCUGAAGCAAGUAUAUACCACAUCUCCGGCUCUUGGAUAUUAUUUUGUGGACAGUGACAUCUUCUCAUUUAGCCAUGGCAGUGUUAUUGCCUAUUACUGGUUACAAUUUGCAUUGCCAGAAGAACAGGAUCUUUUGAUUAAAUAUACACUAAGUAUUGAAGUAUUGAUAAAUAUAUUACGACAGCAUCUCCAUACUGCUGAUGUAAGAAGGAUUAUGGAAAUUGAGCCAUCUUCUGUCACACUACAAGUUGCUAAUGAAGAAUAUGUUCGAAACUUGAAAACUGGUCAAUGUGUACAUCGUGUUUUGUUGCGGAGCAAAGAACAGACUUUUGAUUCACUGGGAUUAAUUAAUUGCAGCAAAAACAGCAGUAACUAUUGGCUGGUCCAAGGAGAGAGUGGUUCCUCCAUCAAAGCUACAAUUUCAACUAAACCUGUAGGAUCCAACUGUAGUGGUGUGGAUGUGGCAACUUACAGUAGUUGGUUUCCAGACCCAAAACAAACUGUUAGUAAGUUCAGACAAACUGGUCAACCCUUUACAAGUGAGGUCAUAGCUUCUGGGAAUAUGUUACUAGUGGCCUUUAACCCGACAGCAGGAUGCAAUCUGUCGCAAUAUUCAAUUACAUUUCUUCAGGUACCAGCAACAGCGUGUGGUGGUGUCCUUGGUGGAACAAAUGGAAGCUUCAUGUCACCGAGAUAUUCAAAUGACCAUCAAGAAGACAUCAUUUGUACUUGGAAUUUAAAGCUUCAAGAACACCUUGGAGCCAAAAUUUUUUUCAAAGAUUUAAAGCUGGGCAGAUCUCCAAAACCUGGACAGUUCUGUGUAAUAGAUUAUCUGGAGGUCAACGGUCGGAGAUUCUGUGGAGACCAUCAGCACGUUUGUCUCUGUAGUAAAGCCUCCAGCUUACAAAUAAAAUUUCAUUCCAAUCAAACUGACAUAAAAGGCUUUGCUGCUGGCUACACAGCCACAGAUGAUUGUUUGACAGACAGCAGGUGCCACUGAUGAAGCUGAUGGAUUAGGAGAAUUCCUCAAUGUAUUUGGAAUUUAUAAAAUCUGAAUAAUGUUGUCACAGAUCUACAAGCAAGUUUUUAUGUAUUGCUGAACAGUGACCUGGGUGUGCAUUGUGCUAGGGAAGUGCUUCCUAGUCAACAAUUUUUUUUAACAUUUUAUGCCCAAAAUCCACCCAGGCAAUUUUCCAUGAGACAUGUGACCUUUUAGAUGUCACUGGUCUUGUUGUAAAUCUAUCAGGUAUAAAAUGAAAAAAUAUAUUUCUAAUGCGGAGAUUGAAUGAUUAUUACCAUUGGUUUCAGAUUCCUUUAUUCAGGAAAUUUAGUUGAUGCUGUUCCAGAUCUGAUAUGUGCUCAUUGAUCCAAACUCAGCAAUGUUAAAUGAAUGUUCAAAAUUCCAACCUGCAUUUGGCUUCUGCUCCAUUGCUCAUGUUCUGUCCAGGAUUUUGUUCCUCAGCAUCUCAAAACACAGAGUUUAUUUUGUGAAAGAUGAAUCAAUUCAGCUGUUUAUUUUUCUCAUUUCCAGGAGAGUUCCAAAUUUCUAUCAACCAUGUAGAAAUGAUUUCUGACUUUACUCCUGAAAGGGCUGGCUUUAAUUUAUGGACGAUGCCCCUUAGCCAAAGACUCCCCCAUAAAGUUUUUUUUCUAUCUGUUCCACUUAAUAUUUUGAAAUUUACCAUCAGAUAAUUUUUAACUUCAUAAAUUCCAGGAAUUUAUAAAGGAAUACUAGCUUUUGUAAUCUUAAUUUAACUCUUGAAGUUCAGGCAUCAUUUUGGUGCAUCAUUCCCACCCUCUCUUUGUCCAAUGUAUCCUUUGUGCCCACAAUUGCCCAAACUUUAUAGCUUUAUGGGUCUGUAACAUAACUUGUCUCCAUAUACUCCAACCCUUUGAAUAUAAAAAUAAAAAGAAUUCCAUUAGCCUUUAUCAUUUUAUGGACCUGCCCAUGACAUUUUGAUGAUAUAUGUAUAUGGACACCCAGUUCUCCAUGAGCUCCAAUAUUUCCAGCUUCUCUCAAUUUAGAAAGUACUCUGUUCUGUCCUUUAUUAGGUCCAACAAUCACUUACUACCAUAUGUCCAUUCAUUCCAGUCUUUAAUAUCUCUUUGUAAUUUAAUUAUGUCAUCCACACUCUGUACAAUGUCACUUACCUUUGUGACAUUGGCAAGCUUGUAUACGAAGCCUCUUAUUCUAUCAUCUAAGUUAAGGAACCACAGCAAAUUCCUCAUCCCUUCUUUCACCAUCAUCCUCCCUGUUACUAAAACCACUCCCCCAAUCCUGCCCACACUCUCCACUUUGAGGAUUAGACAUUGGAAACAUUUGGAUUAUCGUUAUAGACAGGUAUCAUGCUGCCCAGCCUUUUCCCUCCCACAAAGCUCCACAGUAAUUUUGUGGUCAGUGAUUUUUAAGAUAAAUUUGCUAUUUGACCUGAAUCAUUUUUCUUUUAGUAGGAUUCUAUUCAUUUGUGUUGAGUGCCUUUAAAAACAAUAGAUGAACAUUUUCAUGUCAUAGACAAUAGUUUUAAUUAUAAGCCAUGGUGCUCUCCUCCAGCAGGAACAAGAAGGACCAAAACAUAUGGUUGGUGUAAAAUAGAAUGUGAGAAAUUUCCAAUUUGUUUUAUAUUAAAACAGGAAUUGCUGAAAGUUAAUUAUAUACAGUAAUUAUGGUUUUCUUAAAUCUGACUAUUUUUAAAUAAGUGUUAUUGCUGAUUCUCUAAAAAAAAGUAUCCACGGUUAAGAAAGGAAAGUAAUAUUUGCUUGUCUUGUGAAAUAUUUAU